UCCUGCGCCUCAUUCGACUAAAACUUCGCAACAUGGCGUCGCAGCGCAUCGACGGAGUGAAAAUGAUGGAAAACGCGAGCGCAGCUUCAUCCCAUCCCGGUUUUAGCAGCGAUAAAUAUUCUUUACUGGUCGUGGUCGGGGAACACACCGCUGCCGGCUCUGUGGAGUACCUAGUUUCGGAGAUUGAACGAGGUAUUCGCUCCUGGGACAUUGACCUGUCCUCCUGUAAUUUGGAUGAGCAGCUCAAACUCUUCGUCUCCAGACACUCCGCUUUCUUCUCUGAGGAGCUCAAAGGUCAGCGGACACUGCAGCACAGUGGAGAUGUUCUGGAGACCCAGGUGGUUGUGAACCCAUCCCACAGUUUGGUGUGUUCAGAGGUCCGUCGGCUUAUUACCGACGUGUCUCAACACAAGCUGCUGAUUCUCGCUGGACAGUGUGUGGAAGACUCUGGUGACCUUGUAUUACAAACUGGUUGCUUUUCCCUUAAUGACUUCAUCCAGAUAUUUGCUCAUGAAGAGAUUGGUGAGAUGUUAAGCUCUGCUGACCCUACACACAAAGCAAGCCUCACACUGAGUUGCCCCAUAUCUGGAUCAUGGAAGAGCUCCAUGUUGGAGAAGCACAAUUUGCAAGACUUUAUUGAAAUCAAGACCAACCCGCCAUCAGUGCUGCCUGAGAUGGAAGGUCUUCAGGAGUUUACGGAGUAUCUUUCAGAGUCUCUCGAACCUCGGUUGGCUUUUGAGCUUCUUGAGCCUCCUAGCACGGUUGGCUUUCUAAAACUGUCCCGCCCCUGCUGCUAUGUGUUUCCUGGUGGUAGAGGGGACUCUGCUUUCUUUGCUGUGAACGGAUUUAACAUCUUGGUCAAUGGUGGGUCUAAUGCACGCUCUUGUUUUUGGAAACUGGUGAGACAUUUGGACAGAGUGGACUCCAUAUUGAUGACACAUAUUGGUGCGGAUAACUUGCCGGGUAUGAACAGCUUUCUCCGGAGAAAAACAGCAGAGCAAGAAGAAGAGGAUUCAGCUGGCUCCCAGAGCAAUGAUGACUGGCAAAGGAACUUAAUAUCUCCAGAAAUCGGGGUUGCAUUCCUUAAUGCUCCUGAAAGGCUUAAGACUCUCCAAGGUGAUCCUAAGGUCUUGCGCGGUUGUGAUCAGGUUUCACUUACACUACAGCAUCUAGAAAGGUUAUCUAUCUCUCCAGAAUCCCUCAGUCGUCCUAACAGUCCAAGUAUUGAACCAUUAAUACUCUUUCAGAAGAUGGGCGUUGGUCGUUUGGAACUGUAUGUUCUAAAUCCUGUCAAAGGUAGUAAAGAACUAGAAACUUUUAUGCAAAAGUGGCCCAGUAGUGCCUCUGGUGUGAAAGGUUCAGAUAUUCCUUUACCCUGCCUGGUUUCAAUAUGUGCACUGCUGGUAUGGCAUCCUGCUAGCCCUCAGGAAAAAAUUGUUCGUGCUCUCUUCCCUGGUUGCACACCACAGGCAAAGAUAUUUGACGGGUUGGAGAGGUUGAAACAUCUAGACUUCCUUAAGCACCCAGUGGUGAGUUUACAGGAUCUUGAAUCACCUAAACCUGAUAAGCAGCCAAAGCGUACAGAGAGCAAAGAGAGCCUUAAGUCUCUCACCAAAGACUCAAGACCUGGGAGUGCCUCACUCAUCAAAGACAAGGUAAGCAGAGUUGACAUAAAGAAACAAGACACUAAAGUGAAAGCCAAAUCUAUAAGUGAAACUGGCCAAAAAGAAAGUAAAGAAGUGGAAGAAAAAGCAAAGCCAAAAGAUGAUGCAAAACAGAGACUCUCUAAGCCUGAAAAGCAAUUGGUUAAAAGGGAGCCCGUGAAAGAGGAGAGAAAAGAAGUAAAGAAGAAAGAGGAACGACCCUCGACAAGUCUUUCUAAGAAAGAUGAAAAUAUUGAGAAAAAGAAGGAGCCCAUGAAGAAAGACUUGGGAUCCAAACCUAAAAAAGAUAUUAAACCUGAAAUAAAGAAGGAGAUUAAGAAGGAGGUUAAACCAGAGGAGAAGAAAACGACAACUAAGCCAGUCAUUAAGGAUGCAAAGAAAGCAUCUGGAAGUGCAUCUUCCGACGUGAGGAAGUCAUCAGGCAAGAACGGGUCAUUAAAGAAAGAUUCCACGAUCAUUAAAAAGGACAGUUUAUCUAAAGGAAUAAAGUCAAAACCAGAGAAUAAUGAAGAGCACAAUCUGAAACCAAACUCUGAUCAAAAGUUGUCUGAGGUUAUUGGCGCAGACUCUGAAAAGUUAAAAUUGGAAAAUCGAGUAUUGGAUGAGGAAGGGAAUUGUUUAGGUUCUGCAACUAAAGGCGCUGAGCCAGCUGAGAAAGAUCAACAUCAGUUGAACGGAGCACAAUGUGGAACAGACUCGUCGGAAACUCCAGAGAAAUUUCGAUGUACAGAGACACUAUCUGUCUCAAAUUCUGCUCUGGGAUCUCCUUCACCACUUGCAAAGACUCCAAAAAGUGAGAAGAGUGUCAAUUUUGAUCUCACACCAAUGGCGCAUGGGUUAUUAGAUGGAAUCCUUGAAACAGUCUCUCCAGCAAACAGUGCAGGACAGGCGUCAUUCUGUCAGUCUCCUGAAAAUGAUCAUCAAGGCACUGGUCCUGAAGAUACUCAUGAGGCAGUUAGCUCAAAAAGUCAUGUGACUGCCAACUCCACAUCUUUUAAGGACAUACUCCCAGAUGCCUCGUCCACAGUCACGUCCCUGCCUGCUGAGGAAGGUUCUCCACACUCAACUGAAGUUGAUAAUUCUUUAUCAGUUUCUUUUGAGCAAGUAGUCCCCCUUGUUGUUCAAUCAGAAGACAGUGUAUACACCAAUGGACAUGAUUCAAAAGCGCAUAUGUCGUUACCUUUAAUGACAUUCCGUAAUGGUGACCAAAACUGUACUGGGUCUGAGAAACAUGUCUCUGGCCCACAGGCUCUUUUCGCUGAUAUCCCACCUCAUGAUGUUGACCUUUGUUUGGUGUCACCUUGUGAAUUUGAGCAUCACAAAUCUCCAGACAACCAAACAGGGUUACCUAGCCCAGGUGCUCACAACUUCUCACCUGAGAGUGACCAGUCUCAAGAGCCUGCUAAAUCACUUUCGCAGUGCAACAAUAACAGUGUUUGUUACUCUUCACAAGGCCAAGAGACAACGCCAACCUCCGUCAGCGACUCUCUUCCUACAGUCUCAGACUCUGAUGUCCCGCCAGCUACCGGAGAGUGUCCUUCAAUUAGCGAAGACUUGGAUUCUGAUGAGGAGUCUGCUGACCUUUUCCCACCCCAUCAUCCACAUGAUCAUCCCAGCAGUCAUUUCUUUCACAUGGACCCGGCACAUUCCUCUCCAGAUCCCCCUCCAGCACCAAUGAAGGACUUGCCCCCACUCCCACCUCAGCCUGGCGCCUGCAUGGUUGACCCUGAAGCUGAUUCCCAAGGCAAGUCUUCGAAGAAUGUAGCUGCGAAGGCCAAAAAAACAGCAGCUUCUGGGACACAGAAGAUGGCAGCUGCAAAUACUUCAGCACAAAGUAGCAAGACAAAGGCUGGUUCUCAGGCAACAACAAGUGGUACAAUUAGGUCUUCGUCAAGCUUGGAUACAAAGUCUGCUUCACGGAGUACCAUCGGUAAUGCAAGACCAGUGUCAGGAAGUGCAAAACCACAAUCAGGUCCAGUGGGUAACAAGUCAAAUGCUGCAUCAGUUUAUCUGGACCUAGCAUACCUACCCUCUGGCUUUGCAGCAUCUACAGUUGACGUGGAGUUUUUCCGCCGUGUGCGCUCUUCCUGCUAUAUAAUAAGUGGGGAAGAAUCGUACAAGGACUCGGUCAUGAGGUCCAUCCUUGAGUCACUGUUAGAAGGCAAGGCGGCCUGGCCAGACAUACAGGUCACCCUGAUCCCCACUUUUGAUUCACUGACGAUGCAUGACUGGUACCAAGAGACGCAUGAAAGACAAAAAGAACUAGCGAUAACAGUGUUGGGAAGCAACAGUACCGUGGCCAUGCAGGAUGAAACAUUCCCUGCCUGCAAAGUGGAGUUUUGAAUGGGAAGUGGGGAGAAAAAAUCUUACGAAGAAAUCACUCCUAUUUUAAUCACUCGAGCACUUAGGUCAAUUCAGCUGUAACAUUCAUAGAAAUUUUUGUUCAAAGCUUAGUGUCAUUUAAAUAACCGCUCAGAUAUGCGUUAAUUAGCAUAAGCUCUGAGAAUUCUCUAAAAAAAAAAAUACUGUGAAUCUCCAUUAAUGAAGAUUUACAAAACUUAAUGGUAGUAUGCUAUAGAUCUUGUGUGAACAAAAGGAGUAAAGAAAGGUUGGGGUUUUUUGUUUGUUUUUUCUUUGUAGUGGUGAAAUAUUGAUUGUUUUAACAGUCCCAAGCUGUAUAGCCUUUAUAGAUCAUGAUAAGAUCAUGUUUCUCAUUUCCCUCAUUACUACAGUCUGUUGUUUUGCAUGGUUGCACAGUUUGGAUUUUCAGCACAAAUGGGGAAGCACAAAACACAGUGGACUUUGUGAUGGACAGGAGGAGGCUAGACGGUCAUUGCGCCGGUCCCACAGGCUUAUUUUUAUUAUCUCUAAAUGACAAGUGUUUUGUUGUGGGCGUUUGUUAUAAUCAAGCAAAUAAUUUUUUUCAUGUUUUACCCAUUUCCUGAACCAUAAUGACUGAUUCCUCUGUAUAAACGAGAUCACAAUUGCAUGUUUGAACAGUUUGAUGUCAGUAUUUGUUUCAUUUUCACAUUUGUUGUUGAUGGUAAUCAUGCACCACACGCAAGCACCAAUGUUUAGUAACUAGCUAGUUGUUUACUGCAGCAGUGGAUUUAUGCUGCAUUCGAUUAAAGCUUGUAACUUGAAAUUUGCAACCUCAAACCAGGAAAAAACCAAAGAAAACACCCCCUUAACUUAGAAUUCCUACUUGGAAAGUUAGGAAGGUCUCCUCAACUCAGCAUAUGACAUCAAGAGUAAAUAGAAAUAGCACUUCUUUAAAAGAUUUUGUAGUACAUAAGUUUAAUCAACAUAAACAACUUAAAUCUGUAAGACUGACCAUACAGUUCACUAUUUUGAGGAAGUAAAUACAUCAUAAACUCAUGAUCAGUUUUCUGUUAGCUGGCUAGAUUGUUGCUAACAAAACACGUCCAUGGUUUUUCUUUAUAGCUCGAACGCACCGAGCUUAAAUAUUACGCAAUUCUGAAUGCAGACUUCCCAUUUCCGAAUUAAGUCGAACGCAGCAUAAUUGUAGUCCAGGACUAAUUUUAUCUAGUGACGGUACACUGUGAGCCAAGUGUUUUAUUAAAAUAUCAUGUAUAUUCUUUAUUUUUACAUUUCAGAAACAUGUUCUGUGUUUUGAUGCAUGGUAACGAGACACUAACCCAAGGAAUCUGUUAAUUACUGUUUGCUGGAUUAAAAAUUCCAUAUUUUGGUUCAGUAUAUAGUAUGACAAAGUCACUUGGAGCUCUUUCAGCAUCUUAAAAGAUUUCUUUUUUUUUUUCAAAAAUAAAUUGUACAAAAUGAAUGCUUUUCCCAAUUUGUAAUCAGCCACCCAUGCUUUAGUUUCGCAUUGGAUUUACAAAGCCAAUGUAAACAACAAGAUGGCAGUGUAGACACCAUUUUGCUGAGUUACGGGAAAGACCCAUCUCAGCUCAGCUAGUUAGCAGUCUACAAAAUGACAAGUGCAAUGGCAUUGGUGGUGAUAUUAGCAUUAAAUUUGAAGCUUUCCAAGCUGAUCCAUUUGAGCAGAGUGCACAGAUGAAGAGGUAAGAGAACUGGACAGACUAAAGGAUUAAAGUGCUGCUGCAUGGCUUUCUCUAGGUAGAGAUGAAGUGAGGGAACACAGCACCACUAUCAGCAGGUGAAAGUGGAAAUAGACCAACAUGUCAUUGAUGGAAGUUUAAACCAAAACUCAGAAUUUCAUAAAAUAAAUCUUUGACACCAAGAUUUAUCAGAUGUUAAUUAUAAAGAUUAAUAUUAAUGUCAUUCAGGGUGGAUUUUAUCUUUAAUUCAGGAAAAAAAAAUCACAUAAUAAAAUGCCACGUAAUAGUUACAUUAUUGAAAUUUUUCAGUGUUAAUCAAAAAUGAAUUUUGGGAUUCAACUCAUUACUUUUAACAGUGGAUAGUUUUUUUGUGCUUCUGUACCAUUUGGCACACCAUUGAGACAAUGGAGUAUGUUGAAAAAGAUUGCUGUAUGUCUGUCUGAUUAUGUGAUGGUUAUUGGAAGACUAAGGAGUGUGGAAGUGGAUGCAUUGAGCAUCCUAAGUAGUGCACUUCUAGAGGAGACACUUGCAAAUCCGACAGCUUGAUUUUUUUUUCCCCCCAAGUGUGUGAUGUUGAAUUACAGACCACUUAGUCAAGUCCACAAGCCUUAAACACUAUCAAAUCCAGGUUGGCUGAACAAGUCAAAUGCUUCAGAUUCAAGAUUUGCAUAUUUGCAAAGUGGGUCAUGUGUGAGUGAAAAUCCAUUUGCAUUAAAGCAGUCUGCACUACUUAAA